CGAUCGUAUUGUUGCAACGUUUACACACCAUCCGGUUUACACAGAAACUUCAGAAUAAAAUUUUCAUUACUCUGUGUUUCAUUUUAUUUUAUAAAUUAACUAAAAGACAUAUUAAUCAUAAUGUCAUGUGUUAUAAUACGAGAUUUCAUAAGACACACAUAGAAUGAUAAAUUCAGAUGAAUUACUAAAUAUAUUGAAAACAGCAGAUGCCGUGACAUUCGAUGUUGAUUCCACUGUCAUAACAGAAGAAGGCAUUGAUGAACUUGCAAGGUUUUGUGGAAAGGGAGAAGAGAUCAGAGAAUUGACAAAGCAGGCUAUGCAAGGUGAUAUGACAUUUGAAGCAUCUUUGUCAACAAGAUUGGGAAUUAUCAAUCCAAGUUUUCAGCAAGUCAAGACAUAUGUAGAAACACAUGAACCGAAGCUUACCAAUGGUAUCAAAGAAUUGAUAUCAAAUUUACAAAAUCGCGGAAAAGAAGUAUUCCUCAUAUCUGGCGGCUUUCAUUGUCUUAUUACACCAGUCGCUAAAAAACUUAAUAUUUGCCAUCAUAAUAUUUACGCUAACAGAUUAAAAUUUUACUUUACAGGCGAAUAUGCGGGAUACGAUGAAAAUCAACCGACUUGUAAAAGCAGUGGCAAAGGAGAAGUAAUACGACUACUUAAAGAAGAAAAAGGAUUCAAGACUGUUGUUCAUAUAGGCGAUGGUUCUACAGAUCUAGAAGCGUCGCCACCAGCAGACGCGUUUAUAGGAUUUGGAGGAAAUGUAGUUCGAGAAAAUGUGAAAUCACGUGCAAAAUGGUUUGUCACAAAUUUUCAUGAUCUUAUGAGAAAUUUGUAAAAAAACCUACAUAUUUUUAUAUUAUAUAGUUUUCAUUAAAUAUAUAUGUGGAGAGUAUACAUAUUUUUAAUGUUAUAAAAAACUGUUUCACUAUUUUACACGCUAUCUCAAUUAUUACAAAAAUAUGUAAACAUAUGCUGCAAAUCUUAUUUUUUUAUAUUGUUUAUUUUGUAAAUUAUACGUAUAUACUGUGACACAAUUUAUUAACUUCACGUUUGACAUUAAUAAUGAAUUAAAAUGUAAAUAAUGCACAGAUUACGCAACAAAUCCACCUCAGCAUACACAGAAAUUCGAAAAAUUAUGAAACUUAGACAGGUUUUUUUUGAAUACUUUUAAAUCUAUAUAUUCAUAAUAUUAUAUUAUAACAUACAUAAAAUAUAAUAUAUACUGCGACAUAUAUCUUGUACUAAAUAUAAUUAUUUUUUAUAAUGCAGAAAUUUAUAGAAUUUGCAUUAUUUAACACUGACAUAUGUUGACAUUAUUUAUAAUAACACCAUAAUAUAUCGUAUUAAAUAAUUAUUAUAUAUUAGUUAAAAUUGCUAAUUGUGGUGAUUCUAUAUUUAUUUAUCCUUACGGAAAAAACGUUGAACUCUUGACCGUAACGUACGAAAUCACGUUCAACUUGACCGUAAACUUUCAAUAUUCAGCGUUAUACGUUCAAUUUUGAGUGUUUACGGCCAAGUUGAACGUGAUUUCAUACGUUACAGUCAAUAGUUGAACAUUUUUUCUAUAAGGGUAUAACCCUUUGUAUAAUUUAUAUAUAUAUAUAUAUAUAUAUUAUACAUAUAUAUAUAUAUAUGUACAUUGCCAAGUGUGUAUACAAAAUUGCUUGUCGUAAAUAGAUUAAACAAAUAAUAAAAUUUAUGUUCAUCUGUUUGUUUCAUUUUUUGAAAUGUUAUCAUAUCGAUGUGCAUCAUCAGUUUUAACACGGUCACUGCUACGUCGAGUUUUGUGAGACAACACAGAUACGCAUAUCGUAUCAAUAUCGUAAAACAAUCGACAAAUUUUGCGCGACGGCAGUCAACUUGUUAAUACCUUACAAUUUGUUCUUUACUUGUUUGACAUUGUGUUUCACUAGAAAAUAGUAAUUAAUAAUAAAUUAUGUAUUUAUGCUUAA